GUUCGCUUAUAUAUAAUCGACUGUUUUUGGUUAGAGGGCGUGAAAGUGUUGUUUCGAUUCAGUUUAGCGUUGAUUAAAAUGGGAUCAAAUGCCUGUUGCGAUGAAACGAGAAGUUCAGGCGAUUUGAUAACGAGUAUCCGAGAAACGGCUAAAAACUGUUUCGAUUUCAUUGAACUCAAGAAAAUAGCGUUCAAUGAAAUAAAACUACCGAAAAGAAAAUAUAUGGCAACAAAACGAUCGUUUUAUGUCAAACAAAUCAAUUCACAGUUAGAAAUGUCUGUUCAGAUGGACAACAAAGAGUCGGCCACUCAAUGGAUUCGCCGAAGAAGUAGCGAAUUGUUAGGUUUGAGAAGUAAUGGCACGAGAAUUGACUACAGAAUUGAAUUGAGAGAAGCGUUUGAUGGGGAGGCGAAGGGAUCGUCCAAAACAAGAUUACUGUUGACGGCUGCAGUUCCGGCCAGUUUUGAAGCGGUCACCAGUGGUUUCAAUGUUCCCGAACUCAAUAAAUAUCUAGAUUUCAUGAAUAUUAUGAGUUAUGACUUUCACGGCGAUUGGGAACAAUCAGUGAACCACAACUCACCCCUCUUUUCAUUAAACACGGCGUCUGGGUAUCAGAAAAAGCUGACCGUGGACUUUAGUGUUGCCGAAUGGGUUAAUAAGGGCGCCUCCAAAGAGAAGUUGGUGGUAGGACUGCCCACAUAUGGCCGCACUUUCACUCUGUCGAGUCCUAAUCUCACUGAUAUCAACGCUCCGGCCAUUAAAGGCGGUCUUCCCGGACAGUUCACCAGAGAGUCCGGAUUCUUAGCUUUCUUCGAAAUUUGUGAUCUCUUGAAAAUGGGCGCCACAUUGGUUUGGGAUAACGAGCAAAUGGUUCCGUACGCCUAUUCCGGUGACCAAUGGAUUUGUGAUCUCUUGAAAAUGGGCGCCACAUUGGUUUGGGAUAACGAGCAAAUGGUUCCGUACGCCUAUUCCGGUGACCAAUGGGUUCAAUGGCUUAAACAAGCUGGAUAUGGGGGCAUUAUGAUCUGGUCAGUAGACAUGGAUGACUUCAGUGGCUCCUGUAUGGGACAAAAGUUCCCACUCAUACACGCGGCCAAAGAGGAGCUCAAGGGCUACAAAGUGGCCAAUUUGGAGGCUCAGAGCAGUAACAUUAAUACCGCUCGCGGAUCGGAGAAAAAUAAAGAUGAAGUAAAAUGCGAAGAAUCUGAUGGACACAUAAGCUAUCAUAAGGAUAAGACCGACUGUCAGAUGUACUACAUGUGUGAGGGCACUCGCAGGCACCACAUGCCUUGUCCCCAAAAUCUGGUGUUUAACUUAGACCAGAGUGUAUGCGAUUGGCCCGAGAAUGUUGAGGGUUGUGCGGUGGCCGCCACACCCGCCGCGUAACGCAAUAUACAAAAAACUAAAUUUAAAUUAUAUAAAUUAGUUGAAGUGCCGAAUAUUUUACAAUUAUAUUAAUAUUUUUUACAAUUUGUUAAAUUAUAAUUUUUAUAGCAC